AUGGAUAGUGAUACCAGUGAACAAAACUCGUCCACUUUGGAAAAUCUGAGCGAUGAAAUACAGCGAAGCAGAUCCCCACUGGAGACAGUUGCCGAAGAGGCAGAAGGAUAUCAUCAUAUUGAGGUUACACCACUAAGGGAAUGGUGGUUGUAUCCGCUUCUCGUAGAAGACAGCAAUCGGCUGGAGCUGCCACCGUCGCUCAAACUCGCCUUGCGUUAUUUUUUCACCCACUGCGGUAAGGACGUCACGGAGAUAAGCCGGUCCGAUCUGAUGAUAGUACUUAUCUACGUGAUCGGCCUCGAGCUGGGUUUGAUUCCGAAGGGUGCCUCACUACCGCCGGCAUUACAGUCGGAGAAACAUUACGUCUACCGGUCGUUCGAUAAACGGCUGGUGAAACAUUUCGCCACCCGGCUACCUAUGGACUGGUUCCGAAAGCGGGCCGGCGCUUACCGUUUCGAGUUAGAGCUGGUACACGAGCAAGCGCUGUGCAAAAAUCUAACCUGCAAGGUGGUUGCCUUCUGCAGCGGGGACUUGCUGAUAGUUAACUUACUACCGUACUAUGGGUAUAAGGCAGGAUUUUCUACAGUGGUUCCUGUAAGCUUUCACGUCCCAUGGGUCGAUGCGGACCAACUUCCAUUCUGUUACCAGUAUCUGCAGGGCCUUUCGGCGAAGGUAAAGAAUGAUCUGUUUGUGCCAUUUCGAAACCACAUGUACGCGAAAUGUAUUCCCACCAUCAGUCCCUCGCUUCAAGGGAUACCGAUGGAGGCGAUGCUGAAAGUAUGUGCGCACUUAGACAAACGCUCGAAACAAAACGUGAAUCAAGCAAUAAAUAUGCUAAACGCAACCUAA